AUGUAUGACUUUGAAUUUCAAAGCACUUUGAAAUUCUUCCUUUUAUUUUUCUACAAGAACACCAGCAGCAAGAACCUGUCAGAUUCAAUCCGCUAUUCGAUUCCCGAAGAGUUGAAACACGGCGCUUUUGUGGGGAACAUUGCUGACGAUUUGGGUCUGGAUAUCAAUAAACUCUCAGCCCGAAGGCUGCGCAUCGUUUCUGGCGCUACCAAACAAUACCUGGAGGUGAAUUUAGGCAACGGUAUCUUGUUUGUCAAUGAAAAGAUAGACAGAGAGCUACUGUGUGGCGAAGGAGUUACCUGUUUUCUGCACUUGGAGGUGGUCAUCGAAAAUCCGCUGGAGCUUUACCGAAUCGAGGUGGAGAUUCUGGAUGUCAAUGACAAUUCCCCGGUUUUCCUGAGGAAGGAGCUCGAUUUGGAGAUCAUAGAAUCGGCUUCGCCCGGGACUCGCUUCCCCCUGGAGAGCGCGCAAGAUCCAGAUGUGGGUACCAACUCCGUCCGCACCUACCGGCUCAGUCCCAAUGAACACUUCAUCCUGGAUGUAGAAACGCGCAGCGACCGCAGCAAAUUUGCGGAACUGGUGCUGGAGAAUCGGCUGGACCGGGAGCAACAGCGCAGUCACCAUCUGAUCCUGACCGCCAUUGACGGUGGGAUCCCGGUGAAGUCUGGCACGGUUCUGGUCAGUAUUGUUGUCCUGGACGCCAAUGACAACGUGCCUGUCUUCGAACAGUCCGUUUACAAAGUUAGCUUGCUAGAAAACACACCCAAAGGCACGCUAGUCUUGAAACUCAGCGCCAGUGAUCUGGACGAAGGUUCCAACAGUGAAAUAGUAUAUUCUUUCAGCAGUCAUACUCCGCCUAGUGUGCACCGACUCUUCAGUGUGGAUCCCAAUACAGGUGAAAUUAGAGUCAAGGGCAUUGUUGACUACGAGGAAGCAACUGUUUAUGAGAUUUAUGUGCAAGCCAAAGAUAAGGGCGGCUCAUAUGCAAUUCCCGUCCAUUGCAAGGUCCUAGUGGAGAUAAUUGAUGCCAAUGAUAAUGCCCCAGAAGUAAUCUUGACCUCUCUGUCCAGCCCUGUGCAGGAAGAUGCUACACCCGGGACAGUGAUAGCUCUCAUCAGCGUGACAGACCAAGACUCGGGUAAGAACGGGCAAAUAAACUGUAGGAUCACCCAGAACCUUCCAUUUCGGCUCCAAACCUCCUUCAAGAACUAUUACACACUAGUAACCGCUGAUCUUCUCGACCGAGAGCGUGUCUCUGAGUACAACAUCACAAUUACAGCCACUGACUUGGGAAUCCCUUCCCUAUCCACCCAAACAUCCAUUGCCCUAAAGGUCUCAGAUGUGAAUGACAAUGUUCCAACGUUCACCAAACCUUCCUAUACAGUUUAUAUUAUGGAAAAUAAUGCCCCUGGCGCCGCUGUUUGCUCCGUGUCUGCACUUGAUCCCGAUUUGAAUCAAAACUCCUACUUGUCCUAUUCCAUCCUAGAUAAGUCCAUCCAAGGGUUGUCUUCCAGAACCUACGUGUCCAUCAACUCUGACAACGGCAACAUUUACGCGCUAAGAUCCUUCGACUACGAACAACUCAAAGGGUUUCAGAUCGAGAUCCAAGCCCAAGAUGCCGGGUUCCCACCACUCAGUGGCAAAGCGCAUGUGAACGUCAUUAUAUUGGAUCAGAACGACAAUGCUCCGGUCAUCUUGUCCCCCCAACCCAACAAUGGUUCCGCUGCGUUGGAGAUGGUCCCUCGAUCUGUAGACCCCGGUCACCUGUUGACCAAAGUCAACGCUGCUGAUGCCGAUUCGGGCAAGAACGCAAGGCUCUCUUAUCAGUUGCUCCAAGCCACGGAUUCGACGCUGUUUAACGUGGCGCUGUACACAGGAGAAGUCAGGACAACGAGACGCUUUGGGGACAAGGAGGCCCCCAAGCAAACGUUGCUGAUCCUUGUGAAAGACAACGGACAACCUCCACUUUCGGCCUCUGUUACCAUCAUCUUUUCAAUCGUGGACAGCAUUACGGAACCUGUGCCCGACGACGUCAGUGACUUGUCUCCCAAAGCAGAGCACAAAUCCGACCUUACGUUCUACUUAAUUAUCAUCCUGGGGUCCAUUUCAUUCAUCUUCCUCCUGGCCAUCAUUAUCGUGGCUGCCACCAAAUGUCACCAAUGCAGAAAUAAUGUCCACGAUUACAGCUGUCCCCUGGGACAUUGCCGGUGUCUCCAGCGAGUUAAUUCAACUGAUAUCUUGAAAACGUCGAAACUCAACCUUCAAGUGACCACAAACUCGAAAGUGCCUCCUGAGUUUUUGGAGGUUGGGGGGAGUGGGCGCCUUCCUUGUACCUACUAUUACAAGGUGUGCCUGACUCCUGAAUCCGCCAAGAGUGAUUUUACUUUUCUCAAACCAUUCAGUCCUGCGGCACCAGGCGACAAAAAUAGGAACAAUACCGACCCACGGGAGACCGCGUGGGAGAAGCAGGCCACAAAACCUCUGAACAACUGUCUGUCACCUACAAAGAUCAACCACAAAGCUGUUGAAUCUCGCAAAGUAGAGUCGGAUAGGCCUCCAUCCAAUCAGACCAGAGUUUCCAUGAGGAAGAGGGUAAAUGGAAGAAUUGCAUUACGAAAACAUGUUUCUGCCAUUGAAACCAUUUUGAAUAUGUACAAUGUGUGGUCUUUGCAAAGACCCAGUUGA